AUGAGCCUCCGUUCCAAACCCUCCACCUCCUCCCUGCAGUCCAGUAACGAGCUAAGUCUAGAGUCCUUCUACCUCGAGCCCGGCGCUCCAGAAGGCAACAAAGCCGGUGGCUUCCUCACCAGUCUAUGGAGAGCCGCGGUCGGCAGGGCGACGAACGAGGCUGCCGCUCGAACACUUCAGAAUGCUUCCACGACGGGGCAUAAUGCCGUGGGCACACCGCAACGACGGAAGGUCGAGGAAUGGCAGGCGGGGACGAGCGUGGUUCGGUAUGAGUCGCCCGGACGGGACGAGCUUCUCGAGAAAGGCAGCUUUGUAGACUCGGUUGAUAACGCCGACAGCGAGCUCAGUGCGUCUGAGACGGCCAGUCAGGCGUCGACUCCGAACAUUGACACGACCAUGUCGGAGGUGUUGUCGGAUGACGUGGAGAAGAACAAGUCGUCGUUGAAGCUUAUUCGGAGGAUGCGGAAUAUCGGGUCGACGGGGAUUACGAAGGAUUUUUGGAUGCGGGAUGAUAAGGUGAAGGAAUGCUAUGAGUGUAAGCAGGUCUUCACUACGUUCCGCCGGAAACAUCACUGCCGCAUCUGUGGUCAGAUCUUUUGUCACAAAUGUGCUUCCUCCAUCGUCCCUGGAGAAAGAUUUGGAUACCCAGGAGAAAUGCGUGUGUGCAACUUUUGCCUGAAGAUCAUGAUCGACUACAAAAACAACGACUCGAUGGGAUCCAAGGAGCAUUCGCCUCUAUCCCAGAGUGCAGUCAGUCGGAAAGCAUCUUGGAAGCCGAUACAAACGUCACCUACCGCUACGGAACCCAGGAUCGCCAUUGCCUCUCCGGGAUCGCACAACCCGCCGUCAUCCACCAAGCCAUGGCCGGGUUCACCAUCGCCCGAUGGAUCGUUGGAAGGCUUCAGGAAGAUGCUGGGAUCCUCGUUGUUCCAGAACAAGCGGGUGACGAUCACAGAGGAUGCAAUGCUGGAGACUCCAGGCUCCUCGUCAGAUCCAUUCCGCGGGAAGCUCCCGCAGAAAGAGCGAACCUCUGAGGAUCCCAGCUCUGAGAACUUGAUUGAUCCCGAAGCCAUAGUGGAGUACGUGACGGACGAUGAGAGCGAGGUGGGACUUGCCGAUCUGUGGGCCACCAGCCCCUUCUUAAACUUUCCCUCCAACACGGGAAUCAGCACCGUAUCGGUAGUCGCGACACCGCUGAAAAACAUCCGUUCACUCAACGGCGUGGCGGAUUCACCCAUCAUCGACAGCGAUACGUGGGACUAUGGGGAGGCCAACCAGCGGAAACGCAGGACACACCGCCGCGUUUCCCGGAACGACGAGCUCCGCCAGGAGUUUUCAAAGGACAAGGCCAAGCGGCGGAAUGUCUCCAGCGGACAUCCCCGACCGUCUCGAUACUCUGCAAGAGCGAUCAGCAAGCAGCUGAGCAAAUCCACGCUUGUCAGUCAAGCAGGGACGCUGGUGGCGCCGUCGACCGAGGACUUGUCUAUGGUGUCGAACGGGUCGCUGUCACGUCAUCGCCGGACGGACUCGGGCUUGCCUACGGUUGAGCUCAAUGCAUCGUCUCUCGAACAUUUGCGGCGGCUGCUGGGGCAAGUCUUAUCUGAGUCGGAUAUCUCUCCCAUCGAAGGAUGGGAGAGCGUUCUUAUGAAGAUCAUGCUACGGGUAUGCGACAGCAUCCAACCCGAUGUCCGUGGCGGGGACUUUAUCGAUAUUCGGCACUACGUGAAGAUCAAAAAGAUCCCCGGGGGUCUCCCCGCAGAUAGCGAGUACGUAUGCGGGGUAGUCUGUUCGAAGAACGUCGCGCACAAGAAGAUGAUACGGCCCAUAGCGAACCCAAAGAUCAUGCUUCUGACAUUCGCGCUCGAAUACCAACGCGUGGAGAAUCAGUUUCUAUCACUGGAACCGCUGUUGGCGCAGGAACGGGAGCACUUAAAGAAUCUCGUUUCCCGCGUCGUCGCCCUUCGCCCCGACGUUGUUCUGGUGGAAAAGACAGUCUCGCGGAUAGCACUGGAAUAUUUCCUCGAAGCCAACGUCGCCAUUGCGUACAACGUCAAAGGCUCCGUCAUUGAAGCCCUUGCCCGAUGCACGAAGGGGGAUAUCAUCGCUUCCAUGGACAAGCUUGCGUUAGAACCUAAGCUGGGAACAUGCGAGUCAUUCAAUAUCAAGACGUUUAUGAACUCGUCGAUUCCUGGAUAUCGUAAGACGUUCCUGUACUUUGCUGGGUGUCCCAAGGAACUCGGAUGCACCAUCGUGUUGCGCGGGGGAACCCAGGCCGAGUUGGCAAAGAUCAAGCAGAUUGCGGAUCUGAUGGCGUUUGUUGUUUACAACCUCAAAUUGGAGACGUUUUUGUUUAGGGAUCAGUUUGCGAUGGAGCCGCCUACCGACUCUGAGCCGGUGGAUAAGUUCUUGUUGGAGGGAUUGCCCGACAGCGCGGGAGCUGUCCCGGCAGUCAAGAAGACCGCCGACGCAACGCCGCUGUCGAAGGCGAUUCGGCCUUAUGAGGAGAUUAUCCUCUCAGCGUCACCUCACGUCAAGUUUCCACUGCCGUACCUAUUGAUGAGGUUGAAAGAAGAAGAACAACGCAUGCUGCUCUCGAACAAGAAGCAGGUGGCGGACAAAGCCAAGCAAGAGCUCGCAAAGGAAGGCGAUGCAGACAACGAAGUCCGGGAAUACAUCAGGACCAUCCUCGAUCAGUCCAGCGGAUGGCUCUCCUCCAUCGAGACCCGCGCAGGAAUCAACAACCUUCUCGAGAACUCAAGCAGCCUGAGCCCGUUCGGUCAUCAGUCCAUCACGGUACUCUACUCGAACGUCUGCGCGGCUACCAGCGUACCCUGUCAAGCCCCUGAACAGCACCUCAUCGAGUACUAUCGCGGGACAGACAUGACAUUGGGGCAGUACCUCGAGGAACUCUGCUGCAAUGCAGAAUACCUAUGCCCCGCUAAACUAUGCGAUCGGAAAAUGCUCAUGCACUUCCGAUCGUACGCUCACGGCCAAGGACGCGUCAACGUGGUGAUUGAGGAGUUCGCGAGCCCUAUGCAGGGGAUGGAAGACGUCAUCCUCAUGUGGAGUUUCUGCAAACUGUGCAACCAAGUCACGCCUGUCGUGCCCAUGUCCGAAGAGGCGUGGAAGUACUCGUUUGGGAAAUACCUGGAGCUGGCGUAUUACCAUGCGAAACUGGGGUGUCGGGCGGAUAUGUGUCCUCAUGAUAUCUUCCGCGACCAUAUCCGGUACUUUGCGCUUAAGAAUUUGGCGGUGAGGUUUGAAUAUGAGAUGAUCGACUUGCUGGAAGUCGUCGUUCCGCCGAAACGGCUGCGCUUUGUUCCUGAGAUCCCGGCGCGAUUGCGGCAGCAGGAUUAUGAACUGCUGAAUGAGCAGAUUGUGAAUUACUACGACUCGUUGUCGGAGCGCAUCAAGACGUUUACGUUCGAUCUUGUGCCGCAAGCAAAGGCGCAGAGUGCGAAAGAUGCCAUCUCGGAUAUGGGAAAGAAAGCGAGCUCUGAGAAGAAAUACAUCUUGCAGCUGUUGCAACAAACGCUGAUCACCAGUGCGGCCACAGAUACCUUGGCAUUCAACGGAACGCUACGGGUGCUUCAGGAGAAGGUUGUCCAGUGGGACCUAGAUUUCGCUGCGUUUGUGAGGCGAUUCUUGCAAACCGAUACCAAAGAGAUUCGAAGAUCAACGGCCGCGCAGCUGAAACGUAUGUUCGUGGACGGGACAGGGGUGCAAAGGAGCGGCUUGGCAGGCCUACCUGAAGAUACUGGGGCUCUGGCUAUCGAGAUGGGGCUCAACCCGUCUUCGCUCGUAUUGUCUUUCCCCGAGCUCGGCAAAUCACCGUCGCAGUCAACUACUCCAUCAUUUGGAAGAAUGAUGCAGACUCGGUUCCCCGAUACGUCACCCGGAUCACCGCAAUCCCGAAUCAAUAGGCGAAUGUCGAUGAAGUUGAUGAAGGAUUUGAGGGUCAAGCGCGCACCCCUGGAAAUCGUACCAAGUUUGAGACCGUUAUCGUCCACCCCGGAUUAUUUCCCCGGUACGAAUUAUUUCGAGAAUGCAGACGGUUCAGCGAACCGGACGAAGCCAGGCAGCCAGGCAGUCCUGGAGAGUCCCUUUGACGACGACGUACCCGACAUCACGAUCGAGUCAAUCGGCGGACCAUCGAUGUGUCGGUAUGCGUCCGAUGAAGAUGAGGACGAUCUCGCGAUCGGGAACAACGUGGACCAGUGGUCGGAGAACGAUUCCGACAUGCCGCCACUGAACAACGUCCUGGCAGAAUCCAUAGAAGACGUGCUCACCGCUGACAUCCAAACUAUCUCCCUGACGCCAGCAAAGCAGCGCCCGGCCUCCAUCUCAUCGCACAACACCUCCACGAAUCAGAACAUCAAGGAUGAUGAGGAGGAUAUGCCGUUAGAAUGGAACAUCAUCUCUGGCGUCGCUGGCGAAACCUCCGAGCAUCUCCAGUCCUCCACAGACCAACUCGAUCUCAACAAGGAACUUUCGCCCAGCGCCGCAACCAGUGGUGAACGCACCUCUAUCAUGAAAACCCUGACGAGCCUCUGGACCGGGAACGCCGCCAACCUCGCCCCAUUGCAGUGCCCGUUAGCACCCACCGAGCAUAUCUUCCCCGACUCGAAUGUCGUGGUGAGGGAAGAAGAGCCAAGUUCGAUCAUUGCGUUUACGUUGGAUUCGAAGCAUUACAAGGAGAAGCUGCAAGGAUUGGGUAGAGGUGGGGAAAGCGAUGGGAGUGCGGGCGUGAACGGGAAUGCCGGUGUUGAGGAUAUGACGGCGAACCCGAGGGUGUCGGUGGAGUUUGACGAUGCGCAAGGUGCGGCGGUGGGGAUGGAGGAGACGUUGCUGCGAGGGACGGGGACGCAUAUCCGAUAUCAAUUCUGGGAUGGGCCGACGCGUAUGAACUGCAAGAUCUUCUUCGCGGAGCAAUUUGAAGCGUUGCGGAGGAACUGCGGUGUUGACGACAAGUUCGCGCAGAGCCUUGCGCGUUGCAUGCGUUGGGAUGCUUUGGGGGGCAAAUCUGGAUCAACGUUUCUGAAGACGAAAGACGAUCGCUUGAUCAUCAAGCAACUGUCACGACUGGAACUUGAUGCCCUGUAUAAGUUUGCGCCGGCUUACUUUGAGUAUAUGUCGCAGGCCAUCUUUCAUGAGCUCCCAACGGUCCUAGCCAAGAUUUUCGGCUUCUAUCGCAUCUCCUACAAAAAUCCAACAACCGGCCGAUCCAUGCGGUUUGAUUGUUUUGUGAUGGAGAACUUGUUUUACGAGCGCACUAUCUCACGGAUAUUCGAUCUCAAGGGCUCCAUGCGUAACCGGCACGUCCAAUCAACUGGCCGUCAGAACGAAGUGCUUUUGGACGAGAAUUUGGUGGAAUUCAUCUACGAAUCACCGCUCUUCAUCCGUGAACACUCCAAAAAGCUACUGCGUGCAUCCGUAUGGAACGACACGCUUUUUCUGUCGAAACUGAACGUGAUGGACUACUCGUUACUUGUGGGCAUCGAUGCGGAGCGGAACGAGCUUGUUGUCGGGAUUGUUGACUUCAUCCGGACUUUCACAUGGGAUAAGAAGUUGGAAAGCUGGGUGAAAGAGACCGCGUUUUUGGGUGGUGGUGGCAAAGAGCCCACGAUCGUCUCGCCAAGGCAGUACAAGAACAGGUUUAGGGAGGCUAUGGAGAGGUACUUCCUCAUGGUAAGGAUCGUUUGAAUAUUGGUGCAUCUAUCGCACCGAACACUGAUCAAAAUUUCGCCGGGACGCCGACAGGUUCCAGAUAAGAACAUCUCCAAAACCGCUCAAGACUCAUGAUGGAUUGUGCAGAUCCUGGUUGUACAUAGAUAUUCAUUUUUUUGGAGGUGUUUACGAGCUUUCUGAUUUCCCCCACAUUAAAAAUUCACGGCGUCUGUCUGUCUCCCGCACCAUAAACAUGCCCUCUUCUUAUGCAGCAAAAGGGUCUAGAUGUCACUAGUGUCGUAGAAGUAGCUUAUGCGCAUCCGGCGGUUGGGUCGGCCUUUGUGUUCAGAAUCAGGGCGACUGAAAACAAGGUUCAUGUCAAUGAAAAGAGCGGAUAGUAACGCGUAUAGAUGAAU